AGAAGCAAGCACAAGUUUAAGAUCCACACAUAUGGGAGCCCAACCUUUUGUGACCAUUGUGGGUCACUGCUUUACGGGCUUCUGCACCAAGGGAUGAAAUGUGACACUUGUGAUAUGAAUGUUCAUAAGCAAUGCGUAAUAAAUGUCCCAAGCCUCUGUGGCAUGGAUCACACAGAGAAAAGAGGAAGGAUUUAUCUGAAAGCUGAAGUCACUGGUGACAAACUGGAAGUAACAGUGAGAGAAGCAAAAAACCUAAUUCCCAUGGAUCCAAAUGGACUUUCAGAUCCUUAUGUUAAACUGAAGCUCAUCCCAGAUCCUAAGAAUGAAAGUAAACAAAAAACAAAAACCAUCCGUUCUACUCUGAAUCCAGACUGGAAUGAGUCAUUCACGUUUAAAUUAAAACCCACAGACAAAGAUCGCCGGUUAUCUGUAGAGGUCUGGGACUGGGAUCGAACAACCAGAAAUGAUUUCAUGGGAUCUCUUUCAUUUGGGGUGUCAGAGCUUAUGAAGAUGCCAGCCAGUGGAUGGUACAAGCUGCUGAAUCAAGAAGAAGGUGAAUAUUAUAAUGUUCCAAUUCCAGAUGCUGAUGAAGAUGGAAAUGCAGAGCUCCGGCAGAAGUUUGAG